UGAAGAUUACGCCGUGCUUCAAGUACUAACAGAAAACUCUACAAAGCGUAAUGCGAUAAUAAAUGCAUUUGUAGUCUAUUCAGAGAGGGUCUGCCGCCAUAAUCUGGGCACCGAGAUGAAAACAGUGACGUGUUCGUUUCGUGUCAGCGCGCAGACGAUACCCUGAGGUAAUUCGUAGGUCAAGGAAAAAUGGCGGCGGGCGAUUUGGAGAUUUCAAUUUUGUAGCCCCCGAUUUACAGGUUUUUGCACCUGUUUCCCUAACGUACCAGCCAAUAGAACACCCUACGAACCGACGAACUGUCACAUGCCCUAUUAAACAUGGUGAACACUCCAGUUCCACAUAGCCUGAAGUCUGAGGCUAAAAAGGCUGCCAAGAUUUUGAGGGACUUCACAGUACCAAGUGCAAAAACUGGACCAGACAAGAUCAUACCAGUAUCUAUCCUGGCCCGUGCCCGUGGACUUGCUGUCCUGACUGUGUUCAAGGCGGGGUUCCUUGUCAGUGCAAGAGGAGGCAGUGGCAUUGUCAUUGCCAGAAUAUCUGAGUCUCGGUGGUCAGCACCAUCUGCAGUGGGUCUUGCAGGACUUGGAGGUGGAUUUGAAAUUGGAGCUGAAGUCACAGACUUUGUCAUUAUUCUGAAUACCCAGUCAGCUGUAGAUGCUUUCUCUAAGGGUGGUAACCUUACAUUGGGUGGCAACUUCACCAUUGCAGCAGGGCCACUUGGAAGGAAUAUGGAGGGAGAUGUUGCUGUCAGAAGCCCAUCAGCUAUUUACACCUACAGCAAAACCAAAGGUCUGUUCGCUGGGAUAUCUCUGGAAGGGACUGGGAUCAUCGAAAGAAAAGAUGCAAAUAGAAAGUUUUAUGGCGGAGAUGUGCGGGCAUACGAGAUCCUGAAUGGGACAGUGCACCCUCCAUCACUGGCGGACCCUCUGUAUGAGAUCCUCCACAGACAUUAUGAAGCUGCAGAGAAGAUCCUUGUGGAGGCAGCCAAGAAGGCUGCUGUGAAGAAAGCUACAAAAGCUGACCGUCCAAAGAGUUUCAGUUUUGGAUCUUCCAGAAGCAAGUCCUUGAAGAAUUCUUCCACUUCAGAUGUGAAACCGUCCAGGAAAACGAGGUCCAAAUUCACGUCAGCGAGGAGAUGUACCAGUUUGGUGGAGGAGCGUACAGCCAGUGAAGAAGAUCUACAGAGCAUCAUCAUGGACAGACUGGCCUGCCCAUUUGAAGUCACAGCAUUGUUCAGCUUUGCGGGAGAGCUGCCCUGUGACCUGUACUUCCAAGAGGGAGACAAGAUCACUGUCCUGACCAGAACUCACACCCAAAAUGACUGGUGGGAAGGGAGGUUAAAGGGCAGGAAGGGGAUCUUUCCUGCCAAUUAUGUGCAGCUACCAAGGCCUUAGUUCUUCAUAGACACAUCUUUGUCUUUUCCAUGUGUCUUCUUCUUUAUCCGUCCGCUUAUAGCGUCUGGGGUGUCGCAGGCUUUUCCAUGUGUUCCAACAGUUAAGGUGGCAACAUGUAUUAUCCAUGGACAGCAAAUACCCUUGUUUUAGGGGAUGGUCUUUUCUAUGUUACAAUGAGUAUGCAUGCUGAUUAGUGGGAUCAGCUCAAUACUAUGCACAAUAUGGGGUGUUGCUGCGCACAGCAUGCAGUUUUGUUGCAAUAACGAAUCUUAUAUCUAUACAGAUAUGAUUUUAAUAAUGGCUGAAGACUGUACAUUAUGACCAUCCCUUGCAGGCAUGUUACACGUAGCAGCUUGCCGUUACAUGUUCAAGUUGCGUAGACCAUGCAUCUCAGGUUUGAAGAUAGAAGAUGCACUAUCCCCUCUGAGUGAAGCUGCCAGUUUAAACACUAUUAAUAGCUACAUGUAAUAUGUAUAAAAUGUCCAUUGUGUACAAUGUAUCUUAUGUUUGUGACCUCAAUAUGGGAAACAUGGUGGAAACAUUUUUGUUACAACAUCAGAUAAAACAGAUGAAUUCUGCUGAUACUGUAACAAGAUGUUAGGUUUGGCAUGUUUGUGUGUCACAUCUUGUAGGUGGCAAUAUUGUGCAAUUUUUCUGACCAGUUCGGGUUGAGGAAGAGUUCAGAAGAUGUGUAUGAGAAUCAAUAGUGUAAUGUGGUUUUAUAGUGGUGCAGAGAUGGAAAGCUGUGUUUUACAUGUGAAAUGAUCAAGAUUCUUAACUCUUUUGAAAGCAAGUAUUUAGGAUGAUUUUAAGAUGUGGCAGACAACAAUUAGUACAAGUGAGAAACCUUUGCAGGUCUUCCAUGGCCUUAGUUACAUGUACAUGGUCACUAUCAUACAUAUCCUUUUUUUUCAGAGCUUGUCAAUCUAAAAGUGCCCUUCAGCAUAACCAUGCUUUUACUUUAUUCUUAAAGGAUGAUCCUAAUAUGACUUUCUUGGAGUUGAGUGUAAUAAUCAUAAUACAUGCAGUCAGCAUUAUAUAUCAUUAAGGCAAGCUUACUACUGAGAUUUUCAAUUUAUUUUUUUACUUUUAUGGCUAUAAAGCAUUAUAUAUGUUUGGUGGUGAAAUAAAGAGUCAAUACCAAUAAUACA